GUUGGUGAAAGGGAUGGGCUGCUUCUUCUUCUACUUUUUUUUUGAAUGGGAAAUGAAUGGAGCUAGAACAAGGCGUUAUGAAUACGUGGAUAAGGUUGUCUUAUUCGCAUGUAAAAGAAAAGAAAAGAAGAAAAAGCUCCGUGUAUCGAGUAUAUUUACUGGGUCCAAGUCGAACAGUCCUAUCAAAUGGCGAAGAAACUCUUUCAUCUGAUGCUAUGCUCCACCAGCAAAAGCACUCAACAACCCUUCCACAAUCUAGACUUCAAUUCCUCUCU